GAAGAAUGGAAAAGAGUGAAAUCCAUCUCUUUAUCUUCUGAGGGUUUUCCAAGCUCCCCAGAUAAAUGAUGUUACCCUGGUGUUGUGCCACUAAGAACAUGAAGGGUAUUCAUCUCGCUUCAGCAGGCUUGGAGGGUUCAAACUGGACGCACAUCUUGUUGACACAACAAGACAAGCUGUGGGGAAACCAGGGAGCAGCAGCAUAAAGCCCUCUUCCUCAUUCCCAGAAGAACAAACCAAGGGGACAAAAUGACUAGCCAGUCUCAGGGAAUCCAGCAGCUUUUGCAGGCAGAAAAACGUGCCAAGGACAAACUCGAAGAAGCCAAAAAAAGAAAGGGGAAAAGACUGAAGCAAGCCAAGGAGGAAGCCACAGCAGAGAUAGACCACUACAGGUUACAGAGGGAGAAGAAUUUCAGACAAAAGCAGUCCAAUAUAAUGGGCUCACAAGGUAACCUCUCCACAAAAAUAGAUGAAGAAACCACAACAAGGAUCCGGGAUCUCACCAAUAACUAUCAUAAGAACAUGGAGCGUAUGACUGGAAACCUUUUGGGGAAGGUGUAUAAUUUCAACCCUGAAAUCCACCCAAACUAUGCAUACACAAUUUAAAGCCUUUUAUAGAAACAUUUCAGGAGGAGUGUUGCCAUCUCUACUGCUAGGCGGACUGAGGUGGCCUGCUCAGCUGACAGGUUUGAGGGGGCCAUUAAAGGGGAACAUAUUGUCAAUUAUUAAAGGUUUACCACCAGGAAACAUUGGAUGGGAUCCAUUUGGAUUUGUUUUGCCUCAGGCACCCAGAUCAUCUGGAGCCGUCUUUGAGCAGAAGGCAUCCUUUUCCUGAAUGUGUCAUGUUCUGUAUUCCAGUGUGGAUGUGAGAGAAACACAAAGCCAGAAACACGUAGAUGUUUAUAGGAUUUCUGAGAGGACCCGUUCGUGAAAGGCUUCCUACGAGCAUUUGGUGGAAAGGAUUUCUCCCCCCUCCCUGCUUUUUUGCCACUUUUUUGGGUAGCAAGGAGUUUGUCACUUAUAUAUGGGCAAUGGCAGACGAGGGAGCUGCUUGACACCACCAGGUUUUUAGUGGGUGUCUCUUAAUUCUUUGCUUAUGUUCUCGUCUCUACUACUUUAAAAAGUGUUCAGAAUGACUUGGCCGGUUGCAGGAAACCUGUUUAUCACAAUAUGUGGAGUGUUUAAAAUAACCAAGCAUGUAAUAAAUAUUAUGUAUGUAUAAUUAGACUUGAAAUUAAAGCACUUGUCUCUAGCAUGGCACAACUGAAGAGGCA